UCUGUCGCAAGGCGAGGCAGGCCACGGAGCCGCCACUGAACCAAUCGGCAAGGCAGGCACCAGGCCGACGCCCCGUUAAUGUGAGAGCCCCGCUCGUGUGGUGCCGGAGGGAGCGGCCGAGCGCUGGUUUGCAGUUAGUUCAGCGGGUCAUCUCGGCGUUAAACAUGAGCCCGGCGGCCGAAGAGGAACCGAAAGUGAGCCGUGCUCAGCGGGGAAUCAGGGCGAUCCUUCUGGGCCCUCCCGGAGCCGGGAAAGGCACGCAGGCUCAUAAGCUUGCUGACCACUACAAUGUCUGUCACUUAUCGACAGGUGACAUGUUGCGAGCCAUGGUGGCAAGUGGAUCAGAAUUGGGACAGAAGUUAAAGAAAACGCUGGAUGCUGGCAAAUUAGUGAGUGAUGAAAUGGUGGUUGAACUGAUUAACAAAAACCUGGACAGCCCGGCCUGUAAAAAUGGAUUUCUGUUGGAUGGAUUCCCACGCACUGUGAAUCAAGCAGAGAUGUUCGAUAAACAAUUGGAAAAACGAUCCGAGAAGCUGGACUCUGUGCUGGAGUUUAAGAUUGAAGAUGAUUUGCUGGUUAGCAGGAUCUGUGGCAGACUGGUCCAUCAAGCCAGCGGACGCACCUACCACAAAUUGUACAAACCACCCAAAGUGCCCAUGAAAGAUGACGUAACCGGUGAAGCUUUGAUAAAACGCUCGGAUGACAAUGAAGAAACUUUAAAAUCUCGCCUAGCUUCUUAUCACACCCAAACAAAGCCCCUCGUUUCAUAUUACCAGAAGAAGGGACUUCUUACAGCAAUUGAUGCAGCACAGUCUCCUGAAGUGAUUUUCUCUGCCAUUCUAGCUGCUUUCAGUGGAGCUACAUCUAACUGAAAAUUAUGAUGCCAGAGAGUUUUCCAAGCCACAAUGUGCCAAGCGAUCAAGUUUGCAAAUGUUUACAUAAUGAGAUGGGGAUAUUGGUUGUAGUAUUGAAGUGCAAUCCAGUUUUUAAAAACGUUGUGGAACAUAAUGUGUGAAUUACUGAGUGCCAUUACUUGUCAAUUAAUUAAUUUCUCCCUUUUUUAUGGAUCUAUUAUGGGAGAGAGGGAACAUUUUUGGUUUAUGCAGAACCAUGUUAUAUGCUGAUAACUUUUUCUAAUUGCCUUAACAAUACUACAUAUUGCCUUACGGUGGGGUGCAAGUUUGUCACAUGAGCUAAUUAUAGAUAAUCUUUUUAUGGAUGAUGGAACAAUAAAGAGAUGUACACAUUUACCAUGCUGUUUAAAUUCAGUCUUGUUGGUUGCUUUAAGGGUUACUGGAUCUUCCACAAAGUAAGUAACCCAUUAUUGUUUAAAUUAGGGGUUCCCAAUCUGGGAUCCACACACCCUUUGCUUAACAGUAUUGGCCCAUGGUAUAAAAGAGGUUGGGAGCCUCUAUUUUAGUUGAAUAUAUUUAAAUACCUUGGAUAUGAUGAACUAAUUCAUCUGCAGUUUCUUUGCAAGCUGUGUUACUUUGGAUUACAAUUUCUUCUCCUUUUGGCAACAUCAGUCCCAAUGCACAAUUACAUCCUUUAACCUUUCAAAUUUCUGAACAGUUAGAUAGCGUGCUGAAAUCAGCAGUUGAAAUGUCCCCCAAUUAAAUCUUGGCAACAUGAACCCCCUUGGGCUGGAUCUUCUCAAACUGCCCGCCUCAAAACCUACUCUUCCUUUACACACUCUCUCCAAUUUAAUCCAACAACCUAUGCCCCUGGGCUAACAAUUCAUCAAGAAAUUAGUAUAUCUCAUCUUCACAAGUCAAAUUUUUUUUCUAGAGUUUUCAGGUAUAAGUUGACAUUCCUUUUACAAACAUUAAUUCCAUUUAAAAUCGGUGAACUUAGCCAAUAGUGUUCCAGCCUAAGUGUGGAGAAAUCUGUGCAAGCUUUUACUCUCCCUUAGGCGCUAUGCUUUAGCCACAGAGUUCAUUCCUCACAUCAGUCUGAAACUAAACUAGAUGAUUUCCAAAAUCAUUGUAAAACAGCUCCCUUAAUGAGCCUUGGCCUAUUCAUGCAUUCCAUUUUGAUGGCCAUCUAUUUCCAUUCUAAUUUUAUUUAGAAUUUUGGUUCAUGCAUGGCCCGUUGGCUGUGCAGCCCAGCAGCCCUCCAGUUCAACCCUAGGCUAAUCACAGGAUAAUUUAUGAUGACCAAUUAACCGGUAGGUCUUUGGACUGUGGGAGGAAACUGGAGCAUCCAGAGGGGACACACACACACACACACACACAGAGGAAGAAUGUCCAGGUGCAGGGUCGAAAGCUCUUGAAUUUUGUUCCAAAAUCUCUGCUUUACUUUUUUUUUCUUGAGAUGCUUCUUGUAACUGCACCAAGAAUCUAGUCACUAUUUCCUUCAGUGACGCAGUGUAAAGGUUGGUUUGAUAAUGGCCUGGUGCAGAGUUUUGUUACAAGUAAACGAGCUAAACAGGUUGCGGAUCGUCGGUUUCUGGAAACCAUAAUUAUCACUGACAAAGUAAUAGUGUGUGCCGUGGCAUGGGCCAAAUCCUGCUGGCUGAAGUUGAGAAAUGCAGAGCCAAUUAGUCUCAGACUCGCACAUUUCCACCGCGUCGUGCUGAAGGCCGAGCUGUCCCAAGGGACGCGUGGGCGCCUUACCUGAACUGCUGUCUGGUCGCCGGGCUCGCCCUGGAGUGGCUCCUGCCUGAAGAAAAGAGCCAAACAGGCCUCUCAAACUAUCCUGUUCAUGCCAAGGACCGAUGGCUGGUGUGUGACAAAACGACCUACUUGAUGUCCAAGUGUGAACUGUGACCCCGCUGACCCAGAGGAAUGA